AUGAAGGCUGUUCCAGUCUUGCUAUGUCUUGCCCUUGCUCAUGGCAUCGGAGCCAGCAUUUUCAAGCACCAGGACCGUCAAACAGACGAUCUUGACUUCCAGCAGCUGAAGCACAUCGAUAUAUUCCAACUGCAACAUAAGAACCAGCCUUCAGAUAACGAAUGGCGUCAUAAUCACCAGCACCAUCAAUAUCCUCAGCAGCACAACAGCCACCAGCAAGAACACAAACGCGACCAUGAGCGCGACCAGCCACGACCUUCAUACAGGGAACAUCCUGAACAAACUCAGAACUCCCAAGAGCAUCAGUACCAGCACUAUGAACAGCCAUCAUAUCAAUUGAAGCGCCAUCCUUUGACUGCCCACCAGCAACAGCUAGAAGAACAAAUGGGAAAACAGUACUCUUCAUACGAACAGCAACCACAUUCCCAACAAAACCAACAAAUGCAACAUCAUUCUGUCUCUUCCUCCAGCGAAACCUCACAAAGCUCCCAGGAAUCACAAGAAAAGUUACCCCAAGUUACAUACAUGAGGUGGGUACCCCAACACUCUGCUGUGAGCCUAGAAAACCAGAACAUCGUCAACCGCGAUGACAUCGAAGGCAAAGUUGAUGUGGAUGUCAGUUCCAGCAUUUCAGUUCAAGACAAAGAAGAACUUGAAAAGAUUUUUAGCGAUGCCCAGAAAGCAAUGAAACAACUUAGUGAUGACGAAAAACUUCAAUUCCACCAGUCACUCGAACACGCCAAGCAACACAAAGAAGAUGCUGAGGCCAACGCUACCCAGUUGAUACAGAAACAUCAAUAUCUCGUGGAGGAACAUACUGUCAAGACAGAUGAUGGCUACGUUCUUACUCUGUUCAGAGUGCCCUCUAAGAUUCAACCACGCUUUUUUCAAAAGAGGCCAGUAGUCUUUUUGAUGCACGGUAUUGACGGAAGCGCUGAUGAUUGGCUCCUGAUGGGCCCAAAAAAAUCUCUUCCCUACUUACUCUCUGACGCUGGUUACGAUGUAUGGCUCGGUAAUGCUCGCGGCAACAAAUACUGCAAGAAACACGUCAGCAAGCACCCUGCUGUUUCCGACUUUUGGCAAUACAGUAUUGAUGAGAUUGCCCUUCACGACUUGCCAGCUAUGAUAGACUACGCACUUGAAACUACAAAACAAAAUAAGUUAUUCUACAUCGGCCACUCUCAGGGAAGUACCGCUUUCUUUGCGCUCACCGCUACUCGUCCAGAAUAUAACGACAAGAUUAUCAUGAUGUACGCCUUGUCUCCAACUGUCUACAUAAACAAUACACGCAGCCCAUUGUUCCGUAUGAUGUCUCCUUCAAGCAAUUUCUACAAUCGCCUGCAACAACAACUUGGCAAUGGUCCUUUUACUCCUAACAAGGAAUUCAUCCGAGAUGUGGGAGGCGCUAUGUUGGAGGCACACACUGGCUGCAAGGAUGUGUCUUCAAACAUAAACUUCGUCAUGGCUGGUGUUAAUUUAGACGUCUCUGAUGCUCAUCUGAUAUCUGUUGUCAUGAGCCAUUUGCCUGCUGGAACUUCCAGUAAGGUAAUCAAGCAAUGCGGUCAGGCUGUCGCUUCGCAAGAAUUCCGAAGAUAUGACUAUGGCCCCAAGAUUAACGUGAAUGUGUAUGGUAAGGAACAGCCCCCCAAGUACGAGAUGGAAAACGUCAAGGCCCCUGUAUCACUGUAUUACAGCGAGGACGACUGGCUGGCCCAUCCGAAAGAUGUUGAGAGAUUGGAGAAGGAGCUUCCCAAUGUAAAAGAAACCCACAAGGUAUCUGAAGAACAUUUCGGUAACAUGGACUUCCAGUUUUCGACCAAGGCUCCGGAGAUGGUGUACAAGAGUCUUAUUGAAUCGAUGCAGAAAAACCAGUAA